AUGUUUACAGCAAGAGCUCUGAGACCAUCAGUGCCUAGCGUUCGUCAAGCUGCGAGCCCAUAUCGUGCCUCAAUCGAAGCUGCCAGAGCUCCCUUCAUCCGAACAAACAAAGUACAAGGCGGAUAUCGAGCUGGAGUAGCAGCACAACGAUUCGUGUCUGCGUAUGGCUAUACACAGGCAAAAGUACUCGUAUAUCCUAAAUAUGGCGAGCCAAAAGAUGUCUUACAACUACACAGACACUCUAUCGGCCCCCCAAGCGGCUCACAAGUCAACCUCCGCCUCCUAGCCUGCCCUCUCAACCCAGCAGACAUCAACCAAAUCCAAGGAGUCUAUCCUGCCAAACCCGCCUUCACCAACAUCCUAGGCACAGCCGAGCCUACCGCCAUCGGUGGCAACGAAGGCGCCUUCGAAGUGCUCUCCACAGGACCCCAAGUGCAAUCCCUCAAGAAGGGUGACUGGGUGGUCAUGAAACGCACAGGACAGGGUACAUGGCGCACACACGCCCAACUCGAAGAGGGCCAAUUAAUCAAAGUCGAUAAACAGGGACUCACACCUUUACAGGUUGGCACAGUGAGCGUCAACCCCGUUACAGCGUAUCGCAUGAUCAAGGAUUUCUGUGAUUGGGAUUGGAUGCGUAGUGGAGAGGAAUGGUUGAUUCAGAACGGAGCUAACAGCGGUGUUGGUCGUGCGGCUAUACAACUUGCUCGUGUAUGGGGGAUAAAGACAUUGAAUGUCAUUCGGCAGAGAGAGAAUCUGGAAGAGACCGAGGCACUCAAAAAGGAUUUGUUGAACUUGGGUGCAACUGCCGUUGUGACGGAAGCAGAGUUGUUAUCCAAGGAAUUCAGGGGCAUUGUCAAGCAACUCACGAAUGAUGGUAAACAACCUAUUCGUCUCGCGCUGAAUUGUGUGGGUGGUGAGAAUGCUUCCGCUAUGGCCAAGGUGCUGGCACCAGAUUCACAUUUGGUGACUUAUGGCGCCAUGUCUAGAAAACCAGUAGCCUUGCCGUCGGGACUGCUGAUUUUCAAGAAUUUGGUCUUUGAUGGGUUUUGGGUUAGUAGAUGGGGAGACAAGAAUUCGCAGGCAAAGGAGAAUACGAUUAAGGAUAUCUUUGAGUUGACGCGAGCGGGCAGGUUCAAGGAUAUUCCUGUGCAAGAAGUCAAAUGGACGUAUGACAAGGAGCCCCAGGAGCUUGUGGAUGCUGUUCAGGAUACGCUUUCUGGAUUCAGGAGUGGGAAGACGAUUUUUGUUUAUGAGGGUGAUGAUUGA